UCGCGUCCCCAUCAUCAUUAGCCCAAUCACUCUUGUCUCCUUCCUCCAUUUCGUGUAUAUCUUCUUCUCUUCUCAUUCUUUCUCCUCCUCUGAUUCUCCGCUAAAUUUAGCGGAGUUUUCAUAUGGGUUUUGGCUUCCCCACUCAUCAAUUCAAGCCCUCUUCAUUCAUAGCUUCAUAUCUCGUGUCAAUCUUCGUUGUUUAACUUUAUUAUCCUUUUUAAGUUAUGGUUUUGAUGGAGACUUUUUCGGAGAUUCUGCAAAGACCCACAAUUGGAGCAGUCUUCAUGGAGGUGAUGAUAUUUUUGUCUCCGGUGUGGAUUGCGUUUCUUGUUGGUGUUCUUGUUGGAUGGGUUUGGAAACCCAGAUGGGCAAACUCCAGAAAUAAUGGAAAAUUCGAUUGUUCAUCACCCACUUCUAUUAUUUCGUCCCCUGUAAAGGGUUUUGGUUCGAUGCAGAGCUUGAAUUCUUCUAAGGUUCCGAAGCCAAGUUGUAUGGAUAGUGGAGUGGAUAAGCAUCAAAUUUCAUUUCCAUCAAGUACUGAAAACACCAAUUGCAGCAGUUCAUUGCAUCUAAAAAAUGAGGAGCCUGUUGCUGUGGUGGAGGAUGAUUUGGAGUAUUUAUACCAUCUUGUUGAGAGGACAGAUGGAGGUCCUCCUUGGAAACAUAUGAUGGAUCGUUCCGGCCCCAAUAUGAACUACCAAGCAUGGCAGAGAGAUCUUGAGACGGGUCCUCCUCAUUAUUGUACCAGAACUAUAUAUGAGGAUGCCACACCUGAAUUGUUGAGGGACUUCUUUUGGGAUGAUGAGUUCCGAUUGAAGUGGGAUGACAUGCUUGUUCAUUCUGAAACAAUGGAGGAAUGCCCAACCACAGGAACCAUGGUAGUGCGUUGGAUACGGAAGUUCCCCUUUUUAUGUAGUGACAGGGAGUACAUAAUAGGCCGACGAAUAUGGGAAUCAGGAAGAUCAUAUUACUGCAUCACUAAGGGAGUGCCUCGCCCUUCUGUUCCAAGGCGGGACAAACCAAGACGUGUUGACCUAUGCUACUCGAGUUGGUUCAUUCAAGCAGUGGAAUCGAGGAAGGAACAUGGCCAGCUGACUGCAUGUGAGGUGAUUCUGUUUCAUCAUGAAGAUAUGGGCAUUCCACGGGAAAUUGCAAAGUUUGGAAUACGGCAGGGGAUGUGGGGAACUGUCAAGAAGAUUGAGCGUGGUUUACGUGACUACCAGAAGGCAAGAGCAUCUGGGGGGCAAAUCUCUCGACCUGCAUUUAUGGCUCAGAUCAGCACCAAAAUUAAUCCAGGCUACAUGAAAUCCUUGGAAAAUGCUGAGGAAUCAUCAGAGACUCAAGGUCAGGUUCUUGAUUUGCCUGAGAAGCCAACGGGCAUGAACAUACCAAAGCUUCUAGUUUUUGGUGGGGCUGUUGUCCUUGUUUGUAGUAUUGACCGGGGCCUCUUGACAAAGACACUUAUAUUCGGCAUUGCCAGAAGGUUUGCCAAUGCAGGAAGGAGAUUAUAGUCUUGUGAGGAGUUGGAACAUUCAAGGCGUAAUAGGUGUCUCAUCUGUUGAAACGAGCUGUUUCAACCCUACUACCCCCUUAACCCCCAUCGAGCGACCUUCUCAGUUGUGAGCCAAGGCAACUCACCUCACCUUUCACAAAAGAUGAAUAUUGUUGUUAUUGUUAUUCCCUUUUCUAAAUAAUAGUUUAUUAGUUGAUGAAGCUGCAGAAGUCGGAUAUGGAAGAGAACAUAUUGUUGUAUUUACUGCAAGUGGAGAUUAAUUUUUAGGAUAUGCUGCUGCCUGCUAAAUUAUGGGCAGCCCUGGUGGUUCCUUUAUUUGUUCUUUUCAGGCUAAUUGGUUUCUCAUCCUGGUAGUCUUGAUAUAUGCUGCUUAGUCGAUAAUAGCUUGUACAUAAACUAGUAAUUAACUUCUAUAAAUAAUAGCUUGUACAUGAACUUCUGUAA